AAUUGCGAGAGUUGGUAGCAGUGUUUGAGACGCCUUAUGGCCGUAUUUUAGUAAAAUACGUAUUAGUCGUUUUAAUACUUGUGAUAAUUUGGAAAAAAGGCAUCAGUAGUCUUAUAAAGCUUUCAAAAAAUUGCAGACUUUUCUGAAUUGUUAUCAAUAAUAACCAAUGUUUUGUUAGCACUCUGUUUAAUCCAAUUAUUGCCCCGAAUAAUCAUCAAAAAUAAUUUCCGCGCAUGGAAUGUACUUUGUAUUAUUAAGUUUUAGUGUUGUAAAUAAUUAGUACAUUUGAUCGAUAAAUGUAUAACUACUAAAGUAGAACUAUUUUUAAUUAUUUCGGUUUAAAAUGAGCGGCGACAUGUUUGAAGGAAAAGAUUAUCCAACGCAAUGGGCAUUGAAUCCUUCCGCAUAUCAAAAUAUGAGUAAUGAUCAAGUUGAUUGGGCUGCAUUAGCUCAACAAUGGAUAAAAAUGAAGGAAACGAUUGUUCCACCUGCUCCGCCACCACCAUCCAUCGAUUCCUUGUGUCCAGGAAAUGACAGUAGCGGUGAAGCACCUAUGGAUAUGGAUACCAAAGAAGAUGAUAUCCCACCAGCACCACCGGCUCCCACAAUCAGUGGUUCUGAUGCUUGGACUCAAUGGAGUCAAUGGGGACAUUGGAAUACAUCUAAUUCUAGUACUGGAACUUGGGAAUGGACUGGCGUUCCACCUCCUGGAGUUAGUAUAGGUCCUGAUGGAAAACCAACAGCGGUACCUACAUUACCAAUCAUUCCACCUGGUCCAACGAUAUCGACUACAGAAUUUAAUGUACCACCUCCAGUAACACCAUCGUUGUAUUCUUACAAUUCUGCACCUCCAUCACAACCAUAUAAUCAACAAGUCGGUAAUUUUUGGUCUGGUGGCGAAUCUUCAACUGCUGUGCCUUCUCAACCAUUACUUUAUAUGAAAGGCAUUCGACAUACCAAUAGAAUACCACACAUGAGAACUAUUGAUGCAGUAAGAUGUAGAAACAAUAGGGAAAAAACACCAGAAGAAGAUACAACUACCACUAUUGAUGCAGCUAAACGUCGUCAAUUGCCAGCAUGGAUUAGGGAAGGAUUAGAAAAGAUGGAAAGGGAAAAGCAAAAAGCAGUGGAACGUGAGAGGCAAGAAAUUUUACGAAAACAAGAAAUAGAAGCGCGUAAAAAAGCUGAAGAUGAAGCUCGUUUAGUACUAAAUCCUGCCAAAAGUAAAUUUGAUUCAGAUUCGGAAAAAGAAGCAGAUCAAGAAUUCGAGACAAGUUCGACAGAACAGAAUAUAAGCAGCAAAAAAAAUUACGAACGAACCCCAGAUGUUAUACUUCGACCGAGAAAAUCGCGUUUUCGAGAUGCUGAUUCACCUGAACCAAACAUACCCCCCGUUGACAAUAGUCCACCACCGGUUUGUAGUAGUAGUACGGCUGUUACUGUUGUUAAACGAUCGCAAGAGGAAAUAUUGCAGGAAGUGAUGUUGAAAGUUCGAAGAUCUCUAACAGAAAUUCUUUUGGAAGUGACAAACGAAGAAAUAGCUGGAGUAUGCAGAGAGGUUUGGAAUCGCGCACGUGCCAAAGCCCCUGCAGGAGAGCACUCAGUCGCAUCCUUCAACAACACGGCCCCUCUUGCUCAGAUCACUCGAAAACUUGGUCUGGGCAUCUACGGUGACAGUAAUAGCGAAUCCGAGGAAGAACAGAACGAACAAGAACAACUUCAAAACAAUGACAGCGACGAAGAACUUAUGGAAACUUUGAGACGUCGGCAGCAGGCCUUCAAAAAGACAGAGAAGGAGAUUGAAGCACGUCUUGCGGCAGAAGAGGAAAACGAAGAUCAAUACAAUGCACAAGAGGAAAAUCAUAUUGGUAAUACUAGCUGCAGAGAUACAGUUGAUGAGAAAGAAACGGUAAAUAUUCAAAGAGCAGCAUCUGAAAGUUUAUCGAGUGAAGAACAAAGUCAAGGAGAAGUAAAUGUCUCUGCGGAUGUAGUCAAAGCUGAUACACCGUCAGCUGGAUCAGUCAAUUCUGAAUCUAGUAAUUCUGAUACAACAAGCUCUGAUACAAGUCGUGCUUCGACUAAAAAGAAUAAAAAGAUAAGUAAGAAAAGUGAUCGAAGCGAUCAAAAGAAACGAAAAACUAAAAGUAGAAGUAAAUCAAGGGGCAAGAAAUCGAGAUCACGUUCUUCGGAACGUACGCGAAAACGUUCCUCGAGAUCGAGAUCAGUGAAGUCGCGUAAGGGACGACGUUCAAGAUCGAGCAAUUAUAGGUCCAGUAGAAAGCGUAGAUCCAAAUCACGAUCUCAUCGAAAACGAUUGAGAUCAAGAUCUAGAAGCUGCCGAAGAUCAAGGUCAUUGUCUGGAUCAAGAAAAUGGUCCCGAUCGCGUUCUAGUGGAAAAAAGAAGUCUCAUUCGCAUUCCAGAGAAAGAAGAAGUCGAUCUCGUUCGAUAAGGCGUAGCAGAUCUCGUCUGAGGGUGAAAAGAAAGUCAUCAUCAAGAACUAGAGAUAGAUCACGUUCUCGUUCGCGAGAUCGUCACAGAUCGCGAUCUUAUGUUUCUAGAAGUAGAAGGAGAAGUCACUCUAGAUCUAGGGAACGUAGAAGGUCACAAUCAAAAUCGCAUCAAUGGAACACUCGUGAUGGUAAGAAGUCGUCAUCGCAUCGAUUCAGGAAUUGAGUGAGCCUGUUCAACUUCAAGCAAAGCAUUUUCCACUGGCUUCCAGUUGGCUUCAAUAUGUCAUUCUGCCUCAGUCCAUCAGUGUAUACUACCAUGGUAGUUCAUUCGUUUAAAAUAUAUCACAUUCAGUCUCUCCCGAACUGUAUAAGAAGGUAUGAUAUAAUAAAAACAUUUUCUUUUCAAAUAAAUGUGUUAUGACUUAAGAAAAUAUUUUUAUCCUCGGAGACGACUCAUGCUUAUGUAUACUCGUAUAUUAUUUUUCAUGAUUCGGCAUCAUUUGAUAAUGUAAAAAGUAAAAAAUCGUUAAACAAUUAAAUGGACGUUAUUAUUGGACGUAGAAAUGAUGGUGUAGCGAAAAAAAGAUAUUAGCAAACAUUGUGAAAAUUGUUAUUGUAAAUUGUUUCGAAAGAACAAUUGAAAAAAGAAAAGCUAAUAAUAAUUAUCCAUCCUAUUGGAUGAUGAUAGCGACAUAAACGAGCGGAACAAAAUUGUAAAAGUAGAUCGAUUUAAGAAUGACAAUGAAUAUCGUUAACAUUGAGAGGCCAUUUUAUCUCUAUUAGAUAACGUGAAUUAUAUCUAUCAAUGAAUUACUACGUAGUCUAAAAUAUAUCACUUUCUUAAUUGUUCAAUACUAAAAUAAUAAUAAAAUAAAGAAUAGAAAAAUUAUUAUCAAUGGUUAUAUAUGCCCAGAGCUCGCUUAUAUCUUAAACAUUUAUUGUGUAAUAUAAGAUGUGUUUCAAACGUACAACUAAUUUUUGUCUUAAUAGCAAUAUUUUAGUAAAGAAGCUUUUUUUCUUUUUUUUUUUUUUUUUUGAACCCAUCUUUCUUUCUUUAUAUGCACUCCUUGUUUUCAUUAUUUAUUGUAUUUAUUCCUCAAAUUACUUCGAAAUGUACUCUUCUAAUGUCGUUGUAAUGAGACUAAAAACCAGGGGUCGGCGCAGCCUGCUGUAUAUAAGCAUUUUUUUUUUUUUUUUUUUUUUUUUUUUUUUUU